AUGGCAUAUGACCGGUAUGUUGCUAUUUGUAAACCUUUACACUAUCACCAUAUAUUCAACAAGAAGCGUUGUGUACAACUCAUGGCUGCCAUAUGGGUAUUUGGAUGUUGCAAUGCUUUACCGUUUGUAUUUGUAGCCACAAAGUUAUCUUUUUCUUAUUCACAUAUAAUCCACCAAUACUUCUGUGAAGCCAAAUCUCUCGUGAACAUCUCAAGCACCAAUAAGAAACUGUUCUUGAUAUUGAUCUAUGCUGAAUUAUUGGUAUUUGGACUGAGUUCAUUUUGCAGCAAUUUGACAUCUUAUAUAAAAAUAAUUAGUGCCAUCUUGAAGAUUAAAUCCAGAGAUGGUAGAAGAAAAGCCUUCUCCACCUGCUCAUCCCACAUCACGGUCCUCACCAUAUUUUAUGGAACAGCUGCAGCUGUGCACAUUGUAACACCAUCAGGUCCCUUCAUGGUCCUAGAGCUGAUCUUCACCAUAUUGCUCACUGUAGUUACACCAGUGUUAAAUCCGCUGAUAUACAGUCUACAGAAUAAUGACGUAAAGAAUGCACUAACGGGUUUAUUGAGGUACAAGAAGGUAACAUUUAAAAUCAUAUAG